AUGGCACCAGCAAGGACUAAUGAAGCAACGGCACCCGCAAGGGUAUUCGAAGGCAAACUUGCCAUUGUCACUGGAUCGUCAAGGAGUUUCGGCGCAGCAGUUGCAAAACAUCUUGCCGAACGUGGUGCAAACGUGGUUAUCAACUACGCCACUUCAGCUUCUGAUCAGACUGCUGCUGAUCUCGCAGCUCAUCUAUCCAAAACAUACGGCGUGAAGGCGGUCCCUGUGCGUGCUGACUUGCUCGAUCCCACGGCCCCUGCAGCCCUUGUCGAGGCCGCAAAGAAGCACUUCUCCGACCCCUCUGCAACCCCCAGCUUCCAGAUCGACAUCAUCAUCAACAAUGCGGCACUUGUGAAUUCUCAGCCCAUCCAAGAGCUUGACGUUGAGCUAUGGGACCAGACAUUCAACCUCAACUGCAAAGCACCCGCGCUACUCAUCAAAGCAGCGUUCCCCUACCUUCCCCAUGAUCGAUCGGGCAGAAUCGUUAACAUCUCGUCUGCAACCACGACAUGGGGUCUUAUCCAGCAGACUUCCUAUGCUGGAACCAAGGGCGCCAUCGAAGCUAUGACCCGUGUUUGGGCACGUGAGCUCGCUGAGCGCUGCACCGUCAACAGCGUCUCUCCUGGCCCUAUGGACACUGGCCUACUCAAUGGACUUCCUGAAGCCCCAAGGCAAGCACUGAGAGCGUACAAUGCUCUAAUUCCUCUGGCCAAGGAACGACCCGGUGUGGACUCUGAGGAUAUGCUCAGGCUAGCGGGCGAGAUUGGCGGCCGACCAGGUACCUUGGAGGAAGUAGCUGGCAUCGUCGGAAUCGCCUGUCUACCCGAGAGUGGAUGGAUGACAGGCAACCAACUCGGUGCCAGCGGCGGUGGUGCGUUUGUAAGAUGA